AUGGCCCAAUCCGAGAUUACCUCAUCCAAUGGCACCAUCAACCCCCAGAAAGAUUGGUCAGAAAACACUAAGACCUCGCUGAACGAAGUGGAAUACUCAGUCAAUGUAGAUAGAAGAGUCUUAACGGAAGAGGAAUGCUACAGGGAACUGGGCUUCUGCUUUCCCCGCUGGAGGAAAUGGAUGAUCCUCUCGGUGAUCUUCCUGGUACAGGUAUCGAUGAACUUCAACACCAGCCUGUACUCCAACGGACUAAAGGGUAUUUCCGAGGAGUUCGGCGUGAGUAUGCAAACCGCCCGGUGCGGCGCCAUGAUCUACCUAGUGACCUACGCCUUUGGGUGCGAGCUGUGGGCUCCCUGGAGCGAGGAACUUGGGCGUAAACCCAUCCUGCAGCUGAGCAUGCUGUUGGUGAAUCUGUGGCAGCUUCCAGUGGCUCUGGCCCCUAACUUCGCCACAGUGAUGAUCGGCCGUGCCUUUGGAGGUCUGAGUUUGGCAGGUGGAUCGGUGACGCUUGGGAUGGUGGCCGAUCUGUGGGACACCGAUACGCAGCAGUAUGCCGUUGCUUUUGUGGUUUUCUCCUCUGUUGCAGGGUCCGUGGUUGGUCCCGUCGUGGGCGGCUUCGUUGAGAAGUUCCUGGCCUGGCGCUGGGCAACCUGGAUCCAGCUGAUCUUCGGUGGAUUUGUGCAGUUGGUGCAUCUUGUGCUGGUGCCUGAGACACGCACCACAAUCCUACUGGCGAAGACCGCGAAACGACGACGACAGCAGGGGGAGCAGGUCUAUGGCCCCUAUGAUGGUAUCCCCUGGUCGCAGCGGUUCUCCAUGAAGGAGAUUGGUAUUACAUGGAUGCGACCAUUCCGCAUGCUCGUGACGGAGCCCAUCGUGCUGACAUUAUCACUGCUGAGCGGGUUCAGCGACGCGCUCAUCUUCAUGUUUAUCCAGUCGUUGGGCCUGGUGUACCAUCAGUGGGGAUUCGACUCGGUCGCCAUUGGGCUGUCAUUCAUCCCCAUCCUGGUUGGCUAUUUCCUCGCGUGGAUCUCAUUUUACCCGGCCAUCUGGUGGAACAAGGCCGAGCGACGUCGCAAACCGGACGACGAACAGGCGCAGUACGAGUCUCGUUUGUGGUGGCUACUGUACACAGCGCCAUGUCUUCCCAUAGGGUUGAUCGGGUUCGCCUGGACCAGCAGCGGGCCUCCGAUCCACUGGAUAGGUUCGAUGGUCUUCUCAGCGCUGGUGGGGAUCGCCAAUUACAGUAUUUAUAUGGCUACCAUCGACUAUAUGGUGUGUGCCUACGGUCCGUAUUCGGCAUCGGCCACAGGGGGCAACGGAUUCGCUCGUGAUAUACUGGCGGGCAUCUUGACCGUACCUGCGACGCCGUUUUUUACCAAUAUCGGAGAUCGUCCUCUGGAAUACGCAUCCACCAUUCUCUUCUGUAUUUCUGUCAUUCUCGUUGCCUCCGUCUACCUCAUCUACUGGUACGGUCCCACCUUGCGCAAACGGUCGCCCUUCGCACAGCAGCUGUCCAUGUCUGAUGGAAGGUUGAGUCGGAGGACCUCUUCGGUACCGGAUUAUGCUAGAAAUGUCUGA